AUGGCAUUUAUCAAACAAUUUCAUGCAUUAUUAUUUAGUCAAAAAUAAGGAAUCCUUAUUUACAAAUUUUUUAAUCAUUAUAAACAGCGAAAAAAAUAUUUCAACUCAAAUAGAUAAUUUUUAACAAUCUAAUUAAGAAUUCUCUAUCUAACAAUCCUUAAUUAAUUUAAUCUGAUCUCUAUUAUGAUUGAUUCUUGUCAAUCCUAAUUGUUAUUCUAAGUAAAAUACGAUGUACAAAAUAGAAAGAAAGCCAAAUAAUUGAAAAUAAGUAAGCAAGUCAUCAAAUAGGAUAUAAAAUAUAAAAAUUUAUUACUACAUAACUUUAUAUAAUAGAAAACAAAUAAUAAAAAUUUCAUUUCAAUAGUUUAUUCUUAUUUAACAAAUCUCAUGUUCUCAGAAUAAUAAAUUAAUUAAUUAAUUAUUCAUCUGUUAUUGAUUAUAUAAUAAUAAUUAUCAUUUUUAAUAGCAUUUUGA